ACCUAUCAAUCUCUCGGCAGCAGGCGAGCGAUCAGGCUGAUCAAAUUUCUGCCUGGCACAACCCCGGUAUGCCAGAUGUUCAGCGUUGAAGUUGAGAAAGCCCCACCGUACAUCGCCCUUUCAUACACCUGGGGAUCUAAAUGCCUGGAAAGAAAACUCAAAGUCGAUGAUUGUGAUCUCCCGAUCACUAAAAACUUAGCUGAGGCGAUCGACGAAAUUUUUGUCUUCGUAAGAGAAGCAAGGUUAUCGUUCUGGGCCGACUCGGUAUGCAUCAAUCAGACAGAUGUUCACGAGCGAGGCAGACAGGUGCAACUUAUGAGUACGAUAUAUCGGUCAGCGGAGUUAGUCUUAAUCUGGCUAGGACCGGCUCAGGAUGACAGCGACAUGGUGUUCGAUAAAAUUAAGGAAUGGAAAUCAAGAUUUGAUGAACUGAAGCUGCAGCAUGGUGGCUCCGAUGAACUAGCAGUUACAAGCAUCACUAGCGAAGAUUCGUUUUUCUUCGGUCCCCACGGAUCACAUGCGCAUCGAGUACAAGAGGCGUUCCGAAUGAUAUGCCGUCGAAGCUGGUGGAAAAGAGCAUGGAUAGUUCCGGAGGGAACUGUGGCAAGUCCUGCGAGAACAGUAUUGUUCUGUGGGAGUCGCAUGAUAAAUUGGGAAUGCCUGCGAGCAGCGUUACAGAUUACUCAUCAUGUCAGCCAUUAUCAAGAAGAGGGAACGGGCUUGAAUCUCGAAGACGGAAUGGCGAUUCGACUUGAUUCAUUCCGGAAAGAGAGAGAAACCGGCGGAAUGGUUCGACUAUUACAAGUCCUUCGAACUAUGCGGCCAUAUGAGUGCGAGGAUCCUCGGGACAAGGUAUAUGCAUCUCUCGGCAUGGCGAUGGACACCGUCGAAGACGACAUUGUUCCAGAUUACACCAAAACGUGCGCAGAGGUUUACUGUGAAGUUGUACGCUUUUCAAUAUCAUCAUCACGCACCCACUCUUUGGAUUUUCUCGGCCAUGUUAUGAGAUCGUGUCCGGGAUCUGUUUUUGAAUAUGAGGCUGACAACACGUUGCCAUCCUGGGUUCCGGACUGGAGAUUUCAAGCUUCGUUUUUCCCAUUGGAGAAGUUUCUAGAUAUGGAUAGUUUUGUGACCGAAGGGGUCUAUAAUGCAAGUGGAUCCCUCUCUGGCGAAUGCAACACUAUUGAAUCUGCUCAGUUACUCCUGCAAGGAUCCAUACUUGACUACAUUACCGAGGUAUGGAGAGUGUGCGAAUGGAACCUAUCAUUUGGGGGCUUGACAUGCGAGCAAUCAUGGAUGCCGACAGAACGAGACUCGAAGUAUGCUACUGGAGGAACCCUCAUGGAAGCAUAUAACCACACUCUACUCGCAGAUGUCGGGAGACAGAAUUAUGACAGGGAUGGUGAACUAUCACGCGGUUGUGCCGUCGACUGGGAACUUCUUGAUAUGGAUAAAAGUAAGAUGACUGCUCUAGAGCGUCAGAGGCAGAGCUGGAUGCUCAUAGAUGUGAAGGCAAUGACUUUUGGGCGAAGAUUAUUCCAAACAAGUCGCGGAUUCAUUGGACUGGGGCCUGCAGCAUGCAAUUUAAAUGACAAUGUCUGUGUCCUACUCGGAGGGCAAGUACUCUAUGUGCUGAGGGAGUAUUGCAAUAUCGGCUACGAGUUUAUUGGGGAGUGCUAUGUUCAUGGUAUGAUGGACGGUCAAGCACUGGAAGAUGAAUCAUUCUCUAAGAAGAAGUUUGUCAUUGUGUAACUAGGCGUUGAAAUGUUAGAAAAGCAGGUAGUUCUAGGCAGAAGUACCAUUUAGCAAUACCUAAUAGGCAGUAAAUUAGGGGCCUGGCAGGCAGCGGGAUCGUUGGGUUAUAUAUUGGUCUCUUAUGUCCGGUGGUUUUAUGUCUAAUUCGUUGUCUAGUUAAUCCUAAGAUUAUAUGUCCAC